CCUAUUCAAACACGUACUACUGUGUGGUCAAAGUGCCAGUCAUUCAAUAUACCGACGCAUUUUAAUACGUGUUUUCUACAUUCAUAUUGUAUUAGAGUAGUUGAAAACUAUACAAUGGGAGCUGUACGCGUAAUCAACGACGACGGUCAAUUUUAUGAGGAAUUGGCUAAUGCCGGCACGAAAUUAGUUGUGGUAGAUUUUACCGCAACAUGGUGUGGUCCUUGCCAAAGAAUUGCACCAGUAUUUGAGCAGCUAUCAGUCAAAUAUCCAAAUGCGGCAUUUCUUAAACUUGAUGUAGAUAAAUGUGCAGAAACUGCUGCUGUGCAGGGAGUUAGUGCAAUGCCUACAUUCAUAUUUUACCGCAACCAAGCAAAAUUGGGCUUAUGUCAGGGAGCUGAUCCAGUUGGACUCGAGUCAAAAAUUCAACAGUUUUAUGGCAACAAAGAUACAGAGGAUUCAGGGAGUCCAGUAUCUGGACAUAUGGAUUUAGCUGCUUUUAUAACUGAAGCACACUGUGAAUGUUUAAAUGAAUCUGAUGAACAUAAUUUCUUACAAUGCUUGACUGCUGGUGAUGGAUAUUUGGAAAGUGAUUGUGAUGAACAAUUGAUAUUAUCAAUUGUAUUUACACAAACAGUUAAAUUACAUUCUAUAAAAAUUAAAGCUCCCAAAGAUAAGGGACCAAAAAAUAUCAAGCUGUUUAUCAAUCAGCCUAGAACAAUUGAUUUUGACAUGGCAGAUUCUAAUACAAGCAUCCAAGAUCUGACAUUAUCGCCAAAGGAUAUUGAAGAAGGUAAUCCGAUCGCUUUGCGUUACGUAAAAUUUCAAAAUGUGCAGAAUUUACAAAUUUUCGUGAAAGACAAUCAAACUGGUAGUGAAACAACAAGGAUUGAUAACGUAGCUGUAUUUGGUUCACUUAUCUCAACAACAAAUAUGGGAGAAUUUAAGAGAGUGUUGGGUAAAAAAGGGGAGAGUCAUUAACGCCCAAUUGUUAACACCAAUGAAUUGUAAAAGAAUAUGUUAUGUCAAAUAAACUAGC